CGACAGAAGCCAAUUCGGCCAUACAUUAUCUACUCCUAAUCAACGAGAAUUGUCAACCUUCAUACGCGGCAACACCGACAAAAUGCAAGCGAUUACAUCCCUAUUCUCCCUCGAAAACCGUACAGCCCUGGUGACGGGUGGCACGCGAGGAAUCGGGGCCCAGAUGGCCAUUGCCCUGGCCGAAGCAGGCGCCGACAUCAUUCUAGUACAGAGAGACACCUCCAACCAACAGACGAAACAACACAUUGAAUCUCUUGGCCGAAAAGCAACCAUCUACACCGCAGACUUAGGGUCUCGUCCGGCCGUGUCGGACCUAGUGAAAAAGGUGCUCGAAGAUGGCCACGAUAUCUCAAUUCUCAUAAACUGCGCUGGCAUCCAGCGACGACAUCCUGCUGAGAAGUUUCCAGAUAGCGACUGGGACGAGGUCCUACAAAUCAACUUAACGACCGUAUUCACUCUCUGCCGCGAUAUCGGGGUCUAUAUGCUCACUCGCCCCCCAUUCCCCGGCACAGAGUCUACGUCUCCGAACGGCGGCUAUCGCGGGAGCAUCAUCAAUGUUGCAUCUUUAGUAUCAUUCCAAGGUGGCAUCACCGUGCCUGCUUAUGCGAGUGCCAAGGGUGGAAUCGCGCAGCUCACGAAAGCGCUUUCGAAUGAAUGGGCUAGUAAAGGCGUGAAUGUAAACGCGAUUGCGCCGGGCUAUGUGGCGACGGAUAUGAAUGAGGCGCUAAUCAAUAAUCCUGUACGUGCAGAACAGAUUCUGACUAGGAUUCCGGCGGGGAGAUGGGGGACAGGAGAGGACUUUAAGGGGGCGACGCUGUUUUUGGCAGGGAAGGCUAGUUUGUAUGUCAGUGGGGAGGUGUUAACAGUGGAUGGGGGGUGGAUGGGGCGGUAAUUUGUUCUAUUAAUUUCGGGUGGGAUAUUUUCAAUUAAAAUGAAAAUUGUUCCUUUUAUGAUUUCCUAUGUUUCCUUUGUAUAUACGCUCAAAAUACUGCUGCUGAU